AUGAGCACCCUGCAUGUGACCUCUAUGAUGAGCUUCCACCCACAGAAAUAUAGACAGGCUCGACCUCAUCUAUUACGGUUUCACAACUACUUUGAAAGGUUUUUCACUUACUUCAAGGGUGUUGUGGUGACUGAUACCUGCCUGGUGAACAUUUAUCCCAUUGGUGAAGAUUACUAUGCCAUCACAGAAACCAAUUACAUCACUAAAGUCAACACUGACACACUGGAGACACUGAAGAAGGGGGACUGCGUCAACAUCAAUGGAGUGACAGCCCACUCGCACGGAACAGUGUUCAACAAAGGAAGCUGCAUGGGAAAAGGAGCGUCACUGACCUACAAUGUUAUCAGGACCCCACCCACACAGAAAGACCCCAUUGAAAAGUCUAUGGCUGUGGUGCAAUUCCCCAGUGCCAAGAGGUUCACGCCCUCCUAUGUGCACAGACGUUGUUCCACAUCGCCAGAAAGGACAUUGGAGGAGGACAAGGAGAGUAUGUUUACCAUAAAUUCAGGGCUGCUCCUAUCAACCUGUUUCAUCACAUCAACACUUACGAGGAACAAGGCUUUAUCGUGGCUGACGUGUGUACAUGGAAAGGGUUUGAGUUGUUUACAACUACCUUUGGCUGGCCAACCUGUGUUCCAACUGGGAGGAGGUGAAGAAGGCAGCCAUGAUGACUCCUCAACCUCAGAAAUCCUGAAAUGGAAGCUGAAAUCCGCGAAAGGAGGAGCAGGGACAGAACCUGAUCUGCCUGCCGUACACCACGGCAACAUCGGUGAUGUGUUCUGACGGGACCAUCUGGCUGGAGCCUGAAGCGCUGUUCUCUGGGCCUAUGCGCCAACCACUUCAG